UUGCGCGCUCGCCACUCCUCCCCGGAUAUUGUUCUCCCUCUGUCUUUACUUAAACCCUUCUUUCUCAUUCCACUCUUUCGAUGGCGAACCGGCGAAGGCCUUCAAACGACUUUAUCCUACAGCAGCUCAGGGAUGGAACCGCGGAGUUCGAGCUUUGCAACCCAGAGAUUUCUCCGUCCCCGACGCCUAAGUCUCUUCGUUUCUUCGCCAGAAUCGGCCCCUCUCUAGGUGGGGUUUCGCCGGCGAUGAAGAAAGUGGAGCACUACUCUGUUCAGAAAGUCGCAGGCGAUGGCCGCUGCAUGUUUCGUGCGCUGGUGAAAGGAAUGGCAAAGAACAAGGGGCUUUCGCUUAGCCCGAGAGAAGAGAGAGACGAUGCGGAUGACCUACGGAUAGCUGUCAAGGAAGUUAUUUGUGACAGCGAUAAAGAACGCCUUCAGUAUGAAGAAGCGUUAAUAGCAAUUACAGUGGAUGAAUCUUUAAAACGAUAUUGUCAGCGCAUUGAACGAUCCGAUUUUUGGGGAGGAGAGUCAGAACUAUUGGUUCUAUCUAAGCUAAUCCAUCAACCAAUCAUUGUGUAUAUACCUGAGGAAGAGCAUGCAAGAACACGAGGAAAUGGUUUUAUUCCCAUUGCAGAAUAUGGAUCUGAAUUCAGCAAGAAAUCGAGAAAGGUGAAGCCAAGGAUCCCAGUUCGAUUAUUGUAUAGUGGAAAGAACCAUUAUGAUUUACUUGUUUAAAAACGCCUUAGAAGUUUCUCCAGAUGCGAGCUUCUAUGCCCUACAGAAAACUUUUUGAGUGUGCGAGUGACUGCAUGAGAAAGUCCAUUUGUUUGCUGCCUGAGACUUUUGUCGUCUUGAGUUGCAUGCCUGAGCUGGUUCUUGAAUUGAUAUGUUUGUUGUUCAGAACUGUAUUUUAUCGCAAUGAGUGGUAGCUCUGCUGAAGCUAUCUUUCAUCUUUGGUUGUGUGGAUGCUUAUCUACCUGUUGAAGUUAAUGAGAAAGUAUUAUUGGAUCUUUUCUUGUAGAAAAAAGGGGGGAGUUUUAACAGUCUCUACUACACUCCUAUAUUGGUAAAAAUCGCUAUGUUUUAGAAGGAUA